UCAUAAUUAAUGAGCAUCCAAACAGAGUACAUGAAAGUUGGGAUUAAUGAUAGGAAGCGUACUUCUAAGCAUACUAUAUUAAUUCCAAUAUCACUGCCUUAUUCUUCUCUUCUUCCUUUGCCAUUUUUCCAUUGGAUAUAUACCUCCUCGCCGAGUCUUCGAUCUCCAAGGAUCACCAAUUAUCCAGCGAUCAAAUCGCUGUAACCCUAGUUUAUCAGCAUAACUCUGGUUAUACUGGAACUACCCGUUUCAGAAAUUAAUUACUGGAGAGAAAAUGUCUCCCCAGAAGAUUGAGACUGGUCAUCAAGACACAGUCCAUGAUGUGGCUAUGGAUUAUUAUGGCAAGCGCAUUGCAACUGCCUCAGCUGACCACUCAAUCAAGAUAAUUGGAAUUAGUAAUAAUACUUCCCAGCAGCUCACUGCCCAUCAAGGACCUGUUUGGCAAGUAUCCUGGGCUCACCCAAAGUUUGGAUCUUUGCUUGCUUCAUGCUCAUAUGAUGGGCGUGUCAUAAUAUGGAAGGAAGGCAAUCAGAAUGAGUGGACUCAAGCUCAUGUUUUUGAUGACCACAAAUCAUCAGUUAACUCUAUAGCUUGGGCACCUCAUGAGGUUGGUCUUUGUUUGGCGUGUGGCUCAUCUGAUGGAAAUAUAUCAGUUUUCACUGUACGAUCUGAUGGUGGAUGGGACACUUCACGAAUUGAUCAAGCUCACCCAGUUGGUGUAACUUCUGUUUCUUGGGCACCAUCAACAGCACCUGGUGCUUUUAUUGGUUCUAGUUUGCUUGACCCUGUUCAGAAACUUUGUUCUGGUGGUUUGGACAAUACUGUCAAAGUGUGGAAGCUCGACAAUGGAAUUUGGAAGAUGGAUUGCUUUCCAUCUCUUCAAAUGCACACUGAUUGGGUAAGAGAUGUGGCAUGGGCACCUAACUUGGGCCUUCCAAAGUCCACCAUUGCAAGUGCUUCUCAAGAUGGGAAGGUGAUUACAUGGACUGUGGGAAAGGAAGGGGAUCAAUGGGAGGGUAAGAUCUUGCAUGAUUUUAAGACUCCUGUUUGGAGAGUCUCAUGGUCGCUCACUGGAAACGUAUUAGCUGUUGCUGAUGGGAAUAACAAUGUCACUCUAUGGAAGGAAGCUGUGGAUGGGGAGUGGCAACAGGUGACUACAAUUGCUUCCUAGACCUUCAAUUCUUUCUCAUAUGUUGAGAAAUUGUAUUUUUCUCUUUGUUCUUCCAUUGGUGGAGCAUUCUGAACAUAUGGGAUAUAUGAGUCUUCAUUUUGUUUUUUUUUUUUUUUUUUUGGAAAUUAUGCUUCUCCCAUAUAAAGUUAGUCUGCCUGAUAGGAUGGUUCAUGUAGUUUGCAACUUUAGCCUAGAUUUUUCUUUUAAUGCAUAGAUCAUCUCUAUCACUAUUUAUCAUUUUCUCUAGGGAGAUCUUUCUUGUCAGGAAUUUGUUUCUUUUAUAACUGUAUAUUGCUGGAUUUUUGUUUCUUGUA